AUGGCCCAAGUCCAGCUAGGGUUCCAUCUAACCUACGCCAGCGGAAACAACGCACACGCACUUGAUUCGAUGCACCGUGAUAGGCGCUAUAGAAUCGUGAGCCAUAUAUGGUCCCACCGCAGCCGAAAAUAUUUGGGCCUUAUGCGCACGAUAAUCCCAUUCCACCAUUCAGCGCACGUUCUCGAAUUCAGUAGCUCCAAUAAAUUUUCCCUCUUACUUGACUUUCGAAUCAAGCGACAUGAUGAUGCUGUUGAUGUAAAUUGUAACGCUGAUUUAUCUGCAUACUGGUUUAUCUUGAUUGGAGUAAUGCCCGAGAUAACAAAUAUAAUGAAGGAAAGUUCUGAAAAUGGAUCAGAGUCUUCUCCAAAUGAUAAUGGCACUGUAGAGGAAAUGCCAGAGGACACAAUUUUGUCGCGACAAACAUCUGUGAACCUUGUGCCAUUCAUUGGUCAAAGAUUUGUCUCUCAGGAUGCGGCAUAUGAAUUCUAUUGUAGCUUUGCCAAGCAAUGUGGGUUCUCAAUCAGACGUCAUAGGACUCGUGGAAAAGACGGCGUUGGCAAGGGGAUUACGAGAAGGGAUUUUACAUGCCAUCGUGGUGGAUUUCCACAACUAAAGCCAUCAGAUGAUGGAAAGUCACAAAGGAAUCGAAUUUCCUCGCGUUGUGGAUGUCAAGCGUAUAUGAGAAUAGUCAAAAGGGCAAAUUUCGACGUCCCUGAAUGGCGUGUCACAGGUUUUAGCAAUGUGCAUAACCAUGACCUCUUGCAGCUCAAUGAGGCUCGACUACUCCCAGCCUGCUGCACAAUGACUGUUGAUGACAAGAGUCGUAUAUGCAUGUAUGCAAAAGCUGGGAUGUCAGUUCGGCAAAUGCUUAGGUUAAUGGAACUAGAAAAAGGUGUUAAGCUAGGUUGUUUAUCAUUCACAGAGAUUGACGUCAGAAGCUUGCUUCAGUUGUUCAGAAAUGUGGAGCGGGAUGAUGACCCAAUUGACCUUCUCAAAAUGUGCAAGGAGAAGAAAGACAAAGAUCCCAACUUCAAGUACAACUUUAAAAUAGAUGCCAAUAACAGAUUAGAGCACAUUGCGUGGUCGUAUGCUUCGUCGAUCAGAUUGUAUGAGGCCUUUGGAGAUACCAUUGUUUUUGAUACUACUCACCGCUUGGAUGCAUAUGAUAUGUUGCUCGGGAUUUGGAUUGGAGUGGACAAUCAUGGAACAAAUUGUUUCUUUGGCUGCGUACUUCUUAGAGAUGAAAAUAAGCAGUCAUUCGCAUGGGCUCUGAAGACGUUCUUGGAAUUCAUGAAUGGAAAAGCUCCGGGAACAAUUUUAACUGAUCAAAACAUGUGGCUUAAAGAAGCACUUGCUACUGAAAUGCCAAGGACCAAGCAUGCCUUUGCCUUUUGGCAUGUCAUUUCAAAGUUUCCAGAUUGGUUUUCUGUAGUACUUGGCUCGCAAUAUGAUAACUGGAAAUCUGAGUUCCAUCGGCUUUAUAAUUUGCACUCAGUUGAGGAAUUCGAAGUGGGAUGGAGGGAUAUGGUUGAUGCAUAUGGAAUGACCAGUACAUCCCAGUCAGAAUCGAUAAACUCGUGCAUCCAACGUUUUUUGAGUGCACAAUCUCUGCUCGAGAAUUUUGUUGAGCAGGUUGCCACAGUUUUAGAUGCUAAAGAUCAAGCAGGAAUAAAACAAAAGAUGCAACGGAAGAUCCCUGAAGUAUCCCUCAAAACAGGUUCCCCAAUUGAGUCGAAUGCUGCAGCUGUUCUUACACCAUAUGCCUUCUGCAAACUACAGGAGGAACUCUUAUUGGCACCCCAAUAUGCAUCGUUAAUGGUAGAUGAAAAUAACUUUAUUAUUCCCAACCGAUAUCUGCCCAUGCGCUGGCGUGAUGUCCCCUCAUCAUCAACUAAACCUGUUCAUGCUACUUCCGGAAAGAUUCAGUUAUUGCAAUCAAUGAUUUCAAGACUACUUACAGAAUCAAUCGAGACAGCAGAUCGCCUUGAUGUUGCUUGUGAUCACGUCGCUUUCGUUUUGGCCCAAAUCAAAGAAUUUCCCGUUGCAUCAGAGGGUGCUAAUGAUAUUCCUUACAACAGUCCAUCCGAUUCCCUUGUGCUUCCAGAAGUUGAAGAUUCUGAUGGUAUUGUUCGAAGUUUCAGUGGAAAUCCCCACGAAUCAUUAACUUUUUCAAAGUUGAAAGAGAGAACAUGGAGAGAUGGACUGGGAGAUAUAUACAGGAAGAGAAGGCGUUUUUCAGUUCCUUGUUGUGAUCAAUAUGGACAUGAUGCUAUUGACUGCCCAGUGCUGGGAGGUGAUGAUUACAAUGGAGAUGGGUCGGGGUUUUUAUAG